AUCUGUCAUGAGUUGCCAAAUGUCUAUCUCAUUUCACCAGGUUUCGUAGUCAGACGUAUCCAAAAUCGGAGGAUUUUUGUACGACGCAGAACCCGCCGCCAUGCUUGUUUAUUUUCCUUUGAAUGUUUCACACUGCCGUAGAACUUAUUUUUAUCUGCUACCAUGAAAUUCCUGUAUAUUACCUGUCUAGGUCUUGCUGUAAUCCUCCAGUUGUUGUUGUCCGGGCCGGCCCACGUAUUAUAUUAAGGCAAGCUUUCCAACUUUACUGAGGGGGCUACACGUAACCAAGAAAAGGCCCGGUAAAACAGUGUGGUCAUUGGUGACGUCACGGCUGAGGUCGGGCAAUGUUUAGUUUCCAUCGACAAAACGACGAAAGUAGCUGACAGCUGAUUUUGUCAUUUUUAGCAUCAUCUAAAACCACUGUUUAUAUAAAGAUAAAAUGCCUUCCAAACGAGUCGCAGUCAUUGGAGCUGGAGCCAGUGGCCUCACCGCAAUAAAAUGCUGUCUCGAUGAGGGCUUGGAACCAGUCUGCUAUGAGAAGACAUCUGAUAUUGGUGGACUUUGGAACUUUCGUCAGAGCGCUGAGGAGGAUGUUGCUUGCGUCAUGCAGUCGACGGUGAUCAACACCAGCAAGGAAAUGAUGUCAUACAGUGACUUUCCCAUCCCUGCUGAUAGCCCGAACUUCAUGCACCACACCUACAUCCAGAAAUACUUCAAUCUUUAUGCUAAAAAGUUCAAUCUUAGGAAGCAUAUUGAGUUUAACACUGAAGUAGAGAUCAUCAGAAAAGCAAAGGACUUUCACACAACUGGCAGGUGGGAAAUAAAGAUACUCUCUUCUGAUACAAAAGAAGAAAAGACCGAAAUAUUUGAUGCAGUCUUCCUUUGCACUGGUCAUCACGCAAAACCCCAUAUGGCAAAGUUUGACGGGGAGGAGGAUUUCAAGGGCAAGCGUCUUCACACCCACUACUAUCGGGAAUACCCAACGGAGUAUGCAGGGCAAAGAGCUGUCGUUGUGGGGAUGGGGAACUCGGGAUUGGAUGUGGCUGUGGAGUUGAGCCGCAUUGCUAGUCAGGUUUACGUGGCUGCAAGACGCGGCGCCUGGAUCUUGAAUAGAGUGGCAGACAACGGUCUCCCACUUGACAUUGCGUACACAACACGUGCAAUCCUAGCCUUCCGCAAACGCUUCAUAGGGCUUGCCCGACACAUCAUACAGAAGCAACUCAAUAAACGAUUUGACCAUUCGCUGUAUGGUAUCCGACCGGAGCACACCAUCGACCAACAACACCCAACAAUAAAUGAUGAUCUUCCAAACAGAAUCUUAAAUGGUUCAAUCUGCAUGAGGCCUAAUAUUGAUAGAAUUACCAAAACAGGGGUGGAAUUUGCAGACGGAACGUUUGAGGAAGAUAUUGAUGUCAUAUUUUACGCCACUGGGUAUACGUUUGGUUUUCCGUUUUUGGACAAGGAUGUGAUAGAUGUCCAAGAUAAUCGAGUCAAUCUGUACAAGUACAUCUUCCCACCUGACCUCGGCCAUCCGACUCUGGCCGUCCUCGGCUGCAUCCAGCCUCUUGGUGCUGUUAUGCCGAUCAGUGAGAUGCAGGCUAGAUUGGCGACUAGAGUAUUCAAGGGUGAUGUUUCCCUACCAUCCAACCAGCAGAUGUGGGAUGACAUCAACGCCACAGCAGACACCAUGGCGAAGCAGUAUUAUGCUUCUCAGCGACAUACGAUCCAGGUUGACUACAUCCCAUACAUGGAUGAACUGGCCGCAAUGACUGGCUGUGCUCCCCAGAUCAGUAAACUACUCUUCAGCGAUCCCAAGCUCGCGUGCAAGGUUUAUUUUGGACCAUGCGUGCCGUAUCAUUACCGACUUCACGGCCACGGAAAGUGGGAUGGAGCAAAGAAGGCCACUGAGACUGUGUGGGAGCGUAUGGAGAAACCACUAAGGACUCGUCAGGGCGCCAAAAGUCCUCCAGAAAAUCAGAUGUGGAACAUAUUCAUCUACUUUCUGUUACCGGCAGUUAUUUUGUAUCUUUUGAGAUAUUUGUUUUGAAGAAAGACUGUCCAUAUACAUAAUGCUAUAGAAUUUUGACACUUAUAGGCCUACGCAAUUUGUCAAAAGUUCGAAAUAUGUUAUAUAAUCAGAAAAUUUCCUCUUGCGUAAAUAUGUACUGUACUGAGAUUAUAAAUUUGACUUUAAUUCAUCCAACAGUAUGCAGAUGGCUCCCAAAUCAAUCUUAAUAUAAUUGAUUGAGAGCGAAGCAGGUGCUAUCUUACAUUGUGAUGUUUAUUACCAUGAUGUCACAACUCAAAAUGAGUUGCAGGAUCACAUGUGCCCAGUGUGAUGAUCAAACGUCGGGCCAGACAUGAAAUUUAUGUUAGACCAACAUGGAGUUCAUAAAAUGAAUCUAUUUUAGGUUUAAUUCGCAGCUUUGUUUUGGGAUGGAAUGAAAAUGGUUCAGUGUUUGAACCUCUGCCGUGUGUGGUGUACAUGUACCCCUUCAAUGAUGUUAUGAAACCAGCACUUCAGCCUACAUUAAUAAACCUUCACGAUCACAUAAAUUGCGCAGAAACCCAAAUUUCAUUAAGGGCACUGGGACAGUAGGCCAGAUCAGGUCACUCAUUGACCGAGGUGACCAAAGUAAAACACAUAAUUGGUGAAUUCAAUUGAUCAUACUAUUAGGGGAUGACCAUAGUCUACUUUACUGAGACCCGGCCACAUGUGGAACCCACAUGAUAUCAUUUACGUAGAACAGGAUAAUCACAAAUUGUUCAUGGUAGUUGGUAGUUUGGACCUUGUUACUAAGUUGUGCAGAUUAAAAGUUCAUAAUGGGGACAGAUUUGAAAGUUGGACACAGCUGGCUUUUUCUGGUUUUGUAACAUUUUGUCAUGAAUUGAUGAGCUUACUGCAGCCCUCAGUAGGCUGGAUGAUGUAGAAGCAAAACUGAUUAGUGUGUACUACCAGAUGUUUUGGUUGUAAUUGUACCACUUUACCUCUGCACCUAAAUGUUUUCAUAAAAAAAUCAUUUACAUGUACAUUCUAUUGUGCCUUAAAAGCUUAUUACAACAUUGACAAUGUACUUUUUAUAUUAGAAAUAA